GAAAUGGGAAGGGCUCCGUGUUGUGACAAGGCAAAUGUGAAGAAAGGGCCAUGGUCUCCUGAAGAGGAUGCUAAGCUCAAGGCUUACAUUGAGAAGUAUGGAACUGGUGGAAACUGGAUUGCCCUUCCUCAGAAAGUUGGGCUAAAGAGAUGUGGGAAGAGUUGCAGACUGAGGUGGCUGAAUUACUUGAGACCCAACAUCAAGCAUGGCGGAUUCACUGAGGAAGAGGACAACAUCAUCUGCAGCCUCUACAUCAGCAUUGGCAGCAGGUGGUCAAUAAUUGCAGCCCAAUUGCCAGGAAGAACAGAUAAUGACAUCAAGAACUACUGGAACACCAGGCUGAAGAAGAACCUGCUCGGAAGACGAAAGCACAGCAUCAACAGCAACACGGUGAUGAAUCGUUUCUCGUCAUCGCACACAUCUCAAUUGAACCCAGCAAGAAAUCUGAACACUGCAUCACCAGACGAUGAUGACUCUUCGUCACCAUAUAACUCACAUGCUUUGAGCAACUCUGCCCUUGAAAGGCUUCAACUCCACAUGCAGCUUCAGAUCCUCCAAAACCCUUUGUUCUCAAGCUUCUACAACAACCCUGCACUUUGGCCCAAGAUUCACCCCCUGAGAGAGAAGAUGAUCCAGAGCCUCCGCCUCUUGAACCAAAACCCUAAUAACACUAAUUGCCCCGGUCUCAUUGAACAGCUUGCACUGGCCAAUGGGUCUCAACAACAAGCUGAGGACAUCGAACGGAACAAGGCUGAUCUCUAUGACCUCACCUCCACUGAUCCUAAUGAUGUCUCACUCCAACAUGAUUCUCUCAAGAUCACCGCUUCCAAGAUCGAAGACCUGGUGAACUCUUUGAGCACUGGGGGAUCGGCUUCCUCGGAUGGCUCGGUUUCCUUCAACUACGCCAAGAAUUUGAUCGACCCAGCCCUUAUGGCUGAAGUAGAUGGUGCUGAAGCAAUGUCAUAUGGUAAUGCAUACACCGGCGCUGCGUCAAACAUCCAAGCUGAGCUGGACAAUAUGGGGAAUGACAAAGCAGCCAAUGAUUUCGCGCCUCGGGAGGAUCAUCCGAACACUAACGCCGAGUUCGAUUAUUUCAAGGAAGUGAAUGGUUCUAAGGACAACAUCCUCUGGUGGUCUAAUGAGCUAGACAUGAAAUUGGCAUCCGCCAUUUCCUGGGAUUCGGCGAAUCACUCCGUUUUCCAGAACGAAGGAAUGUUCCAAGACUAUGGAUCAGGAGCAAUCAGCGGUAGCAGCCAGUAUUAG